AUGGAGGCCCACGCCCACGCCAUCGGGUGGGCUCGAUUGACAACGAAACGGCUUAGCGUUCGGCGUCGGCGUGCCCCCGCUCCGUUGGGCCCCUCCUCCAUUGAGGCGUCUGUAGGCGUGUGCAGUGCGGUGAACACACACACGCGCAAAGCUCCGAACGGGGAACGUUGUCAGGCCAGAGCUGCGCGUGUGUGCGUGUACGAGUGCGGCACGUUCGCUGUACAUGCAUACACACACGAGAGUGCCAAG